UAACGAUUUAUCUGAGCGUAAUUCUCAUACGAUACGGUGACAGAAUGUUCAGAAAACCAUCAUGAGCUCGCAUUUAAUGCUGACAUAAUCGAAGCUCCGCAGUUUAUAUCUAAAGUAGGUAGGGCUCGGUCUGCUUGUGUAUUGACACCGUCAUUAUCUUUAGCUCUGCGCGCACGGCAGACAGCGAGAGAGAGUGCGCCAGGCUAGGGAGAGAGCGGUUGUGACUCAAGCUCUGCGAAUUCAGUUAGUCUACUACAACUAUGAAUGCAUUGUGAGUGGCUUGUGGGCAACAGAAGCAGACCUUUAUUUGGCAUUUGUUUCUUUUUUCGUCGCCAAUGCAAAAGGAAAUAUGCAGCGACGACUUACCUUGGUCUUUGUUAGUUUUUGUGUUGGGUUUUGCGCUGGUUCAAGUUUCCCAAGUAAUAUAAAUAUAGGGGGAUUGUUCCCAAACGGCUCCCACGAAUAUGAGGUUUUUCGGUUUGCACUCUCUCAUCACCAGGAUAUCCCCAAACUGGUACCACAAGUGGACAUGGUCGACACAGCAAGCAGCUUUGCUAUGACAUAUGCAUUUUGUUCACAGUUUUCCAAAGGAGUCUAUGCCAUCAUCGGACUGUAUGACAGGAAGACCAUGAACAUGCUCAUGUCGUUCUGCGGGGCUCUCCACGUCUGCUUUGUGACACCCAGUUUCCCCAUAGAAACCAACAACCAGUUUGUGAUCCAGCUGAGACCGGAGCUUCAGGAGCCCCUCAUUGCCCUGAUUCAUCACUACAAAUGGACCAAGUUUGUCUACAUGUAUAGCUCUCAUUCAGGCCUGACAGUGCUGCAGAAGAUUCUGGAUACAGCAGCAGAGAGGACAUGGCAGGUGACAUCAGUGAACCUGGAUAGUGGUAUGGAUCAGGUGGCCUUCCUGAAGGUGGUUCAGGACCUAGAGAAGAAGAAGGAGUACAACAUCAUCCUGGACUGUGAGCUGGAGAGACUCAACUUGAUCCUCAACCUGAUCGCUGCUCAGAAGAAGAACCUAAAAAAUUACCACUACAUAUUGGCAAACCUGGGAUUUUUGGACAUGAACUUCACUGAGUUCCAGAAGAGUGGUGCCAACAUCACCGGGUUCCAACUAAUGAACUACUCAGACGAAAAUGUCAGCAAGGUCAUAGAGGAGUGGGUGGACUUUGACAGCAAAGACCUUAAGCUACCCAAGAGAAGACUGAAGUACACAGGAGCCCUCACAUACGACGGAGUGAGCGUCAUGGCAACCGCCUUUCAGAACCUCCGGAAGCAACGUAUUGACAUCUCCCGGCGAGGCAACGCUGGCGAGUGUCUGGCCAACCCACCAGCUCCCUGGGGCCAGGGUAUCGACAUCCAGAGAGCUCUACAGCAGGUUCGAAUUGAGGGCCUGACUGGACAUGUCCAGUUUAACGAGAAAGGCCAUCGGACCAACUACACGGUCAGCGUCAUGGAGCUGAGCCCGAGUGGACCGCUGAAGGUGGGCUACUGGAACGAGAAUGAGAACUAUGUGAACACAGCGGUGUACACGCCGGUGGUUGAAGAGUUCUUCGGACUGCAAAACAGGACCUACAUCGUGACCAGUAUCCUUGAAUCUCCAUAUGUGAUGCUGAAGAAAAAUCAUGAGCAGCUGGUGGGGAACGAUAAGUAUGAGGGCUAUUGUGUGGAGCUGGCUGCCGAGAUCGCCAAGCAUGUGGGCUAUACUUAUAAACUGGAGAUCGUAGGGGAUGGAAAGUACGGAGCCAGAGACGCUGAGUCCAAGAUGUGGAACGGGAUGGUGGGCGAGCUCGUUUAUGGGAAAGCAGAUGUAGCAGUAGCCCCGUUGACCAUCACCCUGGUGAGAGAGGAGGUGAUCGACUUCUCCAAGCCCUUCAUGUCCCUGGGCAUCUCCAUCAUGAUCAAGAAGCCCACCAAGUCAAAACCUGGAGUCUUCUCCUUCCUCGACCCACUGGCCUACGAGAUCUGGAUGUGCAUCGUGUUUGCCUACAUCGGUGUGAGCGUGGUUCUCUUCCUGGUCAGCCGCUUCAGCCCAUACGAGUGGCAGGGGGACGACUCAGAGGGAGAGGAGGGCCAAGAGCAGCAGCAGAGACAGCAGUCGUUCAGUCCCAGGAGAGAGCCAGGACAGUCCCAGUCCCAAAACCAGGGCCAAGGACAGGGCCAGUCCCAGUCCCAACCGGGCCAAAACCAGGGCCAAGGACAGGGCCAGAGCCAGAGUGAGGGGCACACCAAUGAGUUUGGGAUAUUCAACAGCUUGUGGUUCUCGCUGGGCGCCUUCAUGCAGCAGGGCUGUGACAUCUCGCCAAGGUCGCUCUCUGGUCGCAUUGUAGGGGGAGUGUGGUGGUUCUUCACCCUCAUCAUCAUCUCGUCCUACACGGCCAACCUGGCUGCCUUCCUCACCGUGGAGAGGAUGGUGUCGCCCAUAGAGAGCGCAGAGGACCUGGCCAAGCAGACGGAGAUCGCCUACGGUACUCUAGACGGAGGCUCCACCAAAGAGUUCUUCAGGAGAUCGAAAAUAGCCGUGUUUGAGAAGAUGUGGUCCUACAUGAAGUCUGCCGACCCGUCAGUGUUCGUGAAGACCACAGACGAGGGCGUGGUGCGGGUCAGGAAGUCCAAAGGGAGGUACGCCUACCUGCUGGAGUCCACCAUGAACGAGUACAUCGAGCAGAGGAAACCCUGUGACACCAUGAAGGUGGGAGGGAACCUGGACUCCAAGGGUUACGGAGUGGCCACGCCCAAGGGAUCGGCACUAAGAAACCCAGUAAACUUGGCAGUGUUAAAACUGAACGAGCAGGGCCUGUUGGACAAAUUGAAAAACAAAUGGUGGUACGACAAGGGAGAGUGCGGCAGCGGAGGAGGUGACUCCAAGGACAAGACCAGCGCUCUGAGCCUCAGCAAUGUGGCUGGGGUGUUCUACAUCCUGAUUGGAGGGCUGGGGCUGGCCAUGCUCGUGGCCUUGGUCGAGUUCUGUUACAAGUCCAGGAUCGAGUCGAGGAGGAUGAAGCAAAUCAUCGAUGCAGCCAUGCUGAGUUCCACCCUGACCCGCAUGACCAGGACAGGGAGCGGGGGCGAGAAUGGACGAGUGGUCGCCCAUGACUUCCCCAAAGCGUCACAGACUCUCCCCUGCAUGAGCCAGGCCGCGGGCAUGUGAUGGGGCAGUCCUUCCUCUGCACAGACCCCACCAAAAAGAGAAAUGGAAAAGAGGAGGGGGGGGAGUGUUGCACUGUGGCUUGACUACAGCCAAUAGGAUUCACUGACUACUGCCAAUAGGAUUCACUGACUGCUGCCAAUAGGAUUCACUGACUACAGCAAAUAGGAUUCACUGACUACAGCCAAUAGGAUUCACUGACUACAGCCAAUAGGAUUCACUGACUACAGCCAAUAGGAUUCACUGACUACAGCCAAUAGGAUUCACUGACUACAGCCAAUAGGAUUCACUGACUACAGCCAAUAGGAUUCACUGACUGCUCACUCUGAAGAUAGAAACAACAAAACAAAAUCACUUUUGUAAAGAGACGGUUUAUUUGGAUCUUUUCUGCUGCAAUAAAGAUGGCUGUCUUGGACUUUAAUAGAUGGCAUACUUUUGUGUAUCAAAAAGAAAAGAAAAAGAGAAGUUCUUCCCCAACCCAAUUAAUAGUGACACUUUUUGCACUAUGUCAGUUUUUCUGGUCGACAAUUCAUUUUUUCUUGUCUACUACUAUCAUUAACAGUCAUGAACAGCUACAGUGGAGCCUGAAAUAAUUGAACCCCUUGAUAAAGAUGAGCAAUAAUGUAUAAAAUAAAGAAUUCUAAUACUAAGCUAUAUUGUAUGCAACAAAAAUAAUGAGGAAAUUAUAUUAUUUUACACUAAUAUCUUGGAGAAAGAGAUUCUGUUUGAUAAAUUAACUACUUUUUUCCUCAGAAAAGGGAAAAGGGUCAAACCGAUUGACUUAUAAGAAAGAUUCUUAUAAAUAAAGUAGUGAAAAGUGUAGUAUUUAGUCCCAUACUCCGAGGACGCAAUGACUACAUCAAGCUUGUGACUCUACAAACUUGUUGGAUGCAUUUGCAGUUAGUUUUGGUUGUUUUAAAUUAUUUUUGGCCCAAUAUAAAUGAAUGGUAAAUAAUGUAUUGUGUCAUUUUGGUGUCAUUUUUUUUAUUAGAAAUAAGUAUAGAAUAUAUUUCUAAACACUUUUACAUUAAUGUGGAUGUGACCAUGAUUACAGACAAUCCUGAAUGAAUCGUGAAUAAUGAUUUGUGAGAAAGUUAGAGGGUCAAAGAUCAUUCCCCAAAGCCACGAGUUUAGCAUGUUUUAGGGGUAUGACCUUUUGAGUAAACAAUAUAGCUCAGCAUUUCAAUAAUGUAUAUUAUACUGUCAUUAAUGCUUAGCUAUAUCAAGGGUGUCAAUCAUUUUGCCUUACACUGAACAGUGAUUUUGUUCCUUGUGACACAAAAAUGUCCAAUUCCAAACAUUUGACUUUCAACCUAUCUAUAGGUGCAUACAGUAUGUUGAAUAAAACUACUGCUGAAUGUUUUCACACAUCACAUAGGAAUGGAUGAUUUCUGUAUUGUUUCUCACAUGAGCCACUUUGUCAACGUCACUGCAUUGCAAUUGCAUUCAGACUUACAGAU